AAGCAGUGUGAAAAGAAAGGGGAGGAAGUCGGAGCCUAUGGCUGUAUAAACCUCUGGCGCCAUGUGGAACGUAUUGUGCCUGUUGUUUUGGGUGUUCGCGUGGGUCUGGGUACAAUCAGAAGCCCAGCAAAAUAAUUUCCCCUUCCGCUGCCUGCAGAUCUCUUCCUUCCCAAACAGUAGUAGCUCAAGCACAGAUGGCUUGGCCUGGCUGGGGGAUCUGCAAACUCAUCGGUGGAGUAAUGCCUCCGACACCAUUGAUUUUGUGAAACCCUGGUCCCAGGGAAAAUUCAGUGAUCAACAGUGGGAGCAAUUGCAGCGUAUAUUUCAAGUUUAUCGAUUCAGCUUUACCAGGGACAUACAGGAAUUUGUCAAAAUGCUGCCUAAUAUACACUAUCCUGUUGAGAUCCAGAUGUCAGCUGGGUGUGACGUGUACUCUGAGAAUGCUUCAAAAAGCUUUUUCUAUGUAGCAUUUCAAGGAGAAUAUAUCCUGAGUUUUCAGGGAACUUCCUUUCAGAAGGCCCCAGAUGCCCCAUCUUGGACAGAGUUGGUCAUUAAAGUGCUCAAUGGUGAUCAAGGGACAAUGGAAACCCUCCAAUGGCUUCUGAAUGACAUAUGCCCCAAGUUUGUCCAUGGCCUCCUGGAAGCAGGGAAGGCAGAGCUAGAGAAACAAGAGAAGCCUGAGGUCUGGUUGUCCAGUGGCCUCAGUCCUAAACAUGGUCAUCUACAGUUGGUGUGUCAUGUCUCUGGCUUCUACCCAAAGCCUGUGUGGGUGAUGUGGAUGCACGGUGAGCAGGAGCAAAAUAGUACUCAGACAAGUGACUACCUGCCCAAUGCUGAUGAGACAUGGUAUCUCCAAGCAACCCUGGAUGUGGAGGCUGGAAAGGAGGCUGGCCUGGCCUGCUGCGUGAAACAUAGCAGUCUAAGAGGACAGAAUAAAAUCCGCUAUGGCAAACAUUCACCCAUGGGUAUUAUCUUCAUGGCAGUACUAGUAGGACUAGUACUAAUAUGUGCUGGGUGUUAUGUGAUCUACACCAAGAAGCACCG